AUGACGAAAGUAGACAAGGCCGGUGUUUCGGGUGAUGUUAGAAAAACAGACUAUCUCAGGUCAUGGCAGGCAAAUCUUCCAAUGACAACGUUUCCCAGAGGUAGGAGGAGUUCAACUAUUAAUAUUAGUACUGGUGACAUCAAUAUUGAUGAUUAUGAGUGCAGGGUGGUUGGAUGGGGCACUUAUCUUUCACCUAGCUGUCCGGGGUUUGAUUCCUGUGAUGUAUGUGAGAAGCUACGGGAUUACCUGCCCAACCAUGUGGGCUUUCCCCAGGUACUCUGGUUUCCUCCCACAAUAACAUGUACUGCACAGAUAACAAAAUCAGGUGCUAAAAAAACAGAUUUUACUGACUUAGUCUACUGUUGCUGUCAUUUGUGCCCACAUGGAAAAACAAUCAUUGAUUUGGACAAUAAGGUUGACGGCUAUGGGUUUGAGCGGGAUGGAGACUUUGACCAUACAUCUUACGAUGAGUUUAUGUCCAGGUACCUGGCUGUACUUGCCCACAGAUCUGCUCAAUGGACAGGGGUGAUAAACAAGAAAUCUAGAGUCUCUAAAUCCAGGAAAGUAAAACGAUACUGCAGGAAGGGGAUACCUAGCGAACACCGUCCAAUGGUAUGGAUGUGUGUCAGCGGCGCCCUAGACAACAUGAAUUCCAACCCUCGUCUGUACCAGACAAUCUUGAAAAGUCAACAUGAUGAUUCUACAGUGGAAGCCAUUACAAUUGACCUCCACCGCACAUUUCCUGACAAUAUCUACUUCAGUGCCAACGGCAAUCUGAGGGGACCUCUGUUUAAUGUCCUGAUAGCUCUAUCUCAUAAGAACAGUGAUCAGGGCUACUGCCAGGGUAUUAACUUUGUUGCUGGUUUACUCCUUUUGAUCGUUAAAAAUGAGGAGAAAGUGUUUUGGUUACUGGACACUCUAAUGAAUGACAUCCUUCCAGAUUUUUAUGCUCCAGACAUGAAAGCCACUCAGGCAGAACAAGAACUUUUAGGAGAGAUAAUUAAAUGGAAGGCCCCGGAGAUCCAUGCUCACCUCAAAAGUAUGGACAUACAGUGGUGCCUGGUUGCCACUAAAUGGUUUCUAUGCCUCUUUGCCGAUGUCAUGCCAGUUGAGACCACUCUUAGGAUCUGGGACUGUUUGUUCUAUGAAGGAGACAAGAUUCUUUUAAGAGUGGCCACAAUGUUGAUCAUACAGAACAAGGACCAGUUUCUUGCCUGUAAAACAUUCACAGAGACAAUGGACUUCUUCAAAGAAAUAGUUAAUAACCCAAAGAUUGUUGAUUGCCAUGUAUUUUUACAGAAAUGUUUUACAGAAAUUGGACCAUUUCCAAGAGCAAAAAUAAAAGCCUUACGACAGGAGUGCAUGCAGAGAGUGAAGUGA